AUGAGCGCUGUCCUCAACAAAGGUGCUGAAAACCACCCACUGGCGUUCUGCUACCAGGUGAAUGGGUCUUGCCCCAGGACUGCCCAUCCUCUGGGCCUCCAGCUGACCAUCUACCUGGCCUGUGCAGCAGGCAUAAUUGUUACAGUCCUAGGAAAUUUGUUUGUGGUGUUCGCUGUGUCCUACUUCAAAGCACUUCACACUCCCACCAACUUCUUGCUGCUUUCUCUGGCCGUGGCUGACAUGAUUCUGGGUCUGCUGGUACUGCCACUCAGCACCAUUCGCUCAGCAGAGAGCUGCUGGUUCUUUGGAGAUUUCCUCUGCCGCCUGCACACCUGCUUGGACACCCUCUUCCGCCUCAUCCCCAUCUUUCAUCUCUGUUUCAUUUCCAUCGACCGCCACUGUGCCAUCUGUGAGCCUCUGCUCUAUCCCUCCAAGUUCACAGUUAGGGUGGCUCACAGGUACAUCAUAGCAGGGCGGGGGGCGCCAGGAGCUUACACGGCCUUCUUUGUCUACACAGAUGUAGUCAAGACAGGGCUCAGCCAGUGGCUGGAAGAGAUGCCUUGUGUGGGCAGUUGCCAGUUGCUGUUUAAUAAGUUCCAGGGCUGGUUAAACUUCCCUGUGUUUUUUUUCUCCUGCCUCAUCAUGAUCAGCUUGUAUGUAAAGAUCUUGGUGGUUGCUGCCAGGCAGGCCCAGCAGAUCAAUGUCUUCAACAAAAACCUGGGUGGCACUGCCAAGCAUGAUAGAAAAGCUACCAAGACCCUGGGCAUCGCUGUGGGCAUAUACCGCUUGUUCUGGCUUCCUUUCACCAUCGACACACUGGUGGACAGCCUCCUCAACUUCAUGACACCGCCUCUGGUCUUUGACACCUUAAUCUGGCUUGCAUACUUCACCUCGGCCUGCAACCCUAUCAUCUAUGUCUUUUCCUACAGGUGGUUCAGGAAGGCUCUGAAACUCACCCUGAGUCCAGAGAUUUUCUCACCUCGGACACCCACUAUUGAUUUGUACCAGGAAUGA